GCGGGCAGCGGCCGCCGCACGGCUCUCCGCAUGGCGGCGGCCCCGGGCGACGGCGGGGAGAAGGCGCCGCGGGGCCGGGCGGCGCCGCGGCCGAUGUUCCCGCAGCCGGUCGCUCCCGCCGGCAUCCCGGGCCCCGCGUACGGCGCCGGACGCCGCCGCCCGCGGCCCCGCCACGUCCGAACCAUCUUCCAGGCGGCGGCGGAGCCCCCGCACCGCUUCGGUCCGGCGGCGGCGGCGGGAACGUGGUGCGACCUCUGCUGCCGCUUCGUCCUGUCGCAGGGCCUGCGCUGCGCCGAUUGCAAGUACACCUGCCAUGCUCACUGCCGGGAUCUGGUGCACCUGGGCUGCCGGCGGAAUGGAAAAUUAAUGGACUGCCUUGCUCCGCAUGACACCUUAGAUCCAUCUUACAACAACGGUCAGGUGCAUUUGCAGCACUGCCUGCUACGUGAACUUAAUUGUUCAUUUAAAAAGAAAGCAUCUCCUUCUUGCCAGUUGCCUGUGUGAUCCUGUGAACACUGUUUGGCAGUUUAAUUUCUCGCUGGGUUGAAUUAUUUCUUGGAAGGACUGAUUGAGAACCUCCAAAGUGCUUGUAGAUGUUUUAGAUCUCUGCUGUUCCACAUACAUUCCUUGGCUUUUAACUUCAUUAUUUUAACCUAAUGCUUCAAUAAUUCUACUUAAGAACAAGCAUGCUUUCAGAAAGCCUAUUACUAACUUUAUCUGAGACACGGCUGUUUUUGUUUUCAUGAUGCAGUGUGGGGUUUUUUUUGUUGACUACUUAAGAGGCCUGUCAGAGUGAACCAAAAAUAAUGCAAGGCUGGUAGUGUACAGGUUUCAGUGCAGCACCUAACAAAGAGCCUCGGAUGAAUCUUACCUAGGUAAGAUCAAGAAGUCAAUUUGAGAAGGUGGAAAAGUACUUGUCUGGGGACAGAGGCCUUGAAAAUAUGAACAGACAGUAGCCUGGGAACAGUGAAAUCCACAGGGGUACCAAUUAAUCUUUAAGUAUCGGUCUUGCAAAAUACUUGGUAGGAUUUGGAUAUGUUAUUUGCAAGUACCAAGCAAAUCAAAAUUGAAAGGCAUCACCUCUGUACCUUCAUGUGAAUUGUUUGAUUCAGUGUCACGUCUGAAAAAAAUUAAAGUAAAAAACCAUUGUCAAAUUAAAAAUUAAAAGUCAAAGAAAAUCACUGUCAAAAUUAGGAGGCUUAAAAACAGAGCUAUAGUUGAGGAGCAAACUCAUACUGGAAGAUAUAUCACAAAGAACUUAGACAUAUUUUCCCCAUCAUUCUUUGUUGCAGC